UAUAACCUAGCGAUACCUACUGUUACCUGAACCUUUAACAAGAUCCAACCAUGGAUGUUCCUCCAGAUUUCCUAUGCCCCAUUUCCAUGGAGCUCAUGAAAGAUCCUGUCACCAUAGCCACAGGCCUCAGCUAUGAAAGAAAGAACAUUGAGAAAUGGUUCUUCACUUACAAGAAGAAGACCUGCCCGGCUACCAUGCAAAGCAUCAAGAAUUUUGAUGUCACUCCUAAUCACAACCUCAAGAGGCUCAUAGUUGAAUGGCAAAAUCAAAAUAAAGCUUCUCAAUCUUGUUCAUCAUCAUCAUCCCCAAGCCCUUCGGUCAAGCAUGAUGACAUGCUAUCACUCCUCAAAACCAUCGAGUCGUCGCCAUUCAAGGUAAGUUCCUUGAAGAAACUCCGAUCAAUUAUUGAAAUUGGUGAUGAGAUUAUAAAUACCGACUUUAUUCUAUCCAGUGGAGUCGAGGUACUAGUCCAAAUAAUUGUACAAAUUCUUUAUGAGAGCCAUGAUUUUGUUACAUUUAGAGCUUGUGAGGAGGCCUUAGGAGUGUUGCAACAACUCCCUCUAUCCGAGGAAGAAAGAACCUUUGAAUUGUUAUCCAAACAAGAAUCUAUUAAGUCCAUGGCAAUCAUGCUUCAAAGAGGCAGUGCUGAGGGCAGGCUAUACACUAUUACCAUAUUCCAAAAGAUGUCAAAAAGUAAUUAUGAUUGGAACUUUGUUAUUCAAGAUCAAGGUAUAGAUUUCUUCAAGUCAUUGUUAGAGCUUGUUUCCGAUGAGAUAUGCACCAAGGCAAGUUCUCGUGCCUUGGAUGUUCUAAUAGACAUAUUGGGAGGUUCAAAGAAAAGCCGAUUGAAAGCAAUAGAAGCCGGCGCAGUUUGUGUCCUUAUCGAGCUUCUUCCAGACUCGAAUCAAUCAUCCAAAUGUGAGAAAGUGUUGGUAUUGUUAAAACUACUAUGUGAAUGCGCUGAAGGCAGGCAGGCCUUGGUUGAACAUGGCAUGGCCAUAGCUGCAAUUUCCAAGAAAAUGUUGCAUGUCUCCAACACCACCACAAAGAUUGCGGUGAAGAUUCUAUGGCUGAUUUGUAGCUUGCACCCAACUGAGAGAGUUUUGGAGGAAAUGUUGGUUUAUGGAUCCGUGAAGAAGCUUUUGGCAUUGUUGCAUAUCGAUGGCCGAUCUUCAACGAAGGAUAAAGUGUUGAAGAUGUUCAAGUUGCAUGGGAAUUUAUGGAAGCGCUACCCUUGUUUUCCUUGUGAAUUGAAGGAAUAUUUGGCAUUAGUAGAUGAUUCUCGUUAAAGGUAAAAACUUAAAAGAUGAAAAAUUUAGAUGUAAUAUCUUCAAUUAUAUAUAAUUUUCUCAAGAAAGUUUGAAUUAGAAAAAUAUAUACAUUUGGAGUUAAUAAUUUCCCUUUCUAUUGCGUAUUUGGAGUGUGUGAAUUUUGGUGCCGUACCAUCCUUCUAUUCCUGUU